AUGGCGACCAUCAGCAACGAGCAGCCCCUGACAGAUACAACGUCAAGGCAGCCAGAAAAGCCGCCGCUGCCGCUUCCCACCCGGAUUCUGCAGUUUCUGCUGAGCCAGUUCGGUCUCUUUCUGCUGGUGGCAUUUGUGGCCGCGUUCGGCGCAUGGAUUUUUAUGGAAAUCGAACAGCCGCAGGAGGACGAAGCCUUUAAAAUAAUGUCACUGAAGCUAAAGGAUUUUAAGGAGAGCGAAGACUAUAUCGUCGGAUCUCUGUGGCUUCUUCGUGAGCAGAACAUCACCGAGAAAAAGUUCGGUAAAAAGGUCAGUCAGCAGCUGGCCAUUCUGCGAGAAUUCACCCUGGACUUGGCGCACAAUCACGGCUACAAAGGUGGCAGCGAGGACGACUGGUCCUACAGCUGGAACUUCGCCAACUCUCUGCUCUUCACCGUCACCAUCAUGACCACCAUAGGCUACGGCCACAUCUCGCCAAAGACCAUGUACGGUCAGCUGUUUACCAUCCUGUACGCCAUGAUCGGCACGCCGCUGCUGCUCGUCUUUCUGGCCAACAUCGGCGACGGCAUGGCCAGGGCCCUCACCUUGACCUACAGUCGAGUCUGCUGCCGCUGGUGCCGCAGCUCGCGCUAUAAACAGCUGCGCGCCCCGGGCAAACGGGCAAAGCGCGUCUCCGACGACGUGGUCGGCAAGGAGGAGUACAUGCCCACCGACGAGAUAAACGUGCCCAUCACCAUCAACCUGGUGCUGAUUACGCUGUACCUGGGCCUGGGCGCCGUCAUCUUCUCCGAGUGGGAGCAGUGGGACAUCGUGGCGUCCUACUACUUCACCUUUGUCACCCUGUCCACCAUCGGGUUCGGAGAUUACGUGCCCGGCAAAAGUUUUCUGGGUCGGUCAUCGGGCGACGGCGACGACGAAACGUUCUCAGCGGCCAGCAUCGAAAUGAUGGUCACCGUCACCUACUGCUUCGUUGGUAUGGCGUUGAUCAGCAUGUGCAUACAGAUCAUGCAGGAUCAGAUCGUCACCAAGGUUCGCUGGGCCGGCCAGGAGGUCGGUAUAAUCGAGGACAAAACCCGCCCCCAGCUGCGCAUACGGAGAACGCGGCGGUACGCGGUACCCGAGACGGCCAAAUUCGUCCGGACCGCGGAGGAUAAACGCCUGGCGUCGGCGCGACAGCACAGACGUUACAGGAGAGAGGGGGACGGGGCGGCCAAACGGAGACAGAGCAAGGAGUGGGGUGAGGAGGGAGGGCAGAAAACAGAUCAGGAGCUGAUCAAAGAGCACAGCGAACAGAAUGUCGAUCAACGUAAGCAGCAACAAUCGAACGAGCAACAACCACAACAAGAACAGCAGGACCAGCGAAAUAGGAAGGAUGGUAGGGAGACACCGGACCUAGACCGGGACACACCAGACCUAGACCUAGAAUUUGAUGACAUGUUCAACCUGGCCUGAGGGGCAUCUUGCAUUAGAUAAAAU